AUGGACGCACUCUCUGAAAACGAUAGACUCCAAUUCGUCAAGUUCGGAGUCGGGCCGACCGUCGCGUCUCCCUUCGAAUGCGUCCACCAUGCAUUCAAGUUUCACGCUCUCGCCAACCCCAACGCGAUCGCUGUCCAAGACAUUAACGACUCGAUAACCUACGCUGAGCUGGAUAGACGCUCUACGUGUCUUGCUGCUCGCCUCCGCAGUGGAGAUGUCCGCCCAGGCUCCCGAGUAUGCCUCCUCGUUGACAGGUCGAUUUGGAUGGUCGUUGCUAUCCUUGGCGUUCUCAAAUCUGGCGCUGCAUACGUGCCUCUCGACGGCAAGAUCGUCUCUGACGCGUCUCUCCAACACAUCUUGAAGGAUUCGCGGGCGGAGGUCGUGUUGACGCUUGACAAAUUCUCUAAUCGCCUUUCCAUUUUGUCCACCCCACCACCGGCAAUUAUUCUCGACCGCGACCAACUCUGCGAUUGCUCCGCCGACUAUUGUUGCCCCACACCCGUGGACCUCUCCUCAUCGACGGAUAGUGUCUAUGUAAUCUACACUAGCGGAACGACAGGCUCACCGAAAGGGGUUGAUGUCUUGCACCGCAAUGUCACCAAUCUUCUCUGCCUCGAACCGGGGAAUCUUGGGAUGGCCCCCGGCGUGCGAGUCUCACAGUUGAUGAACAUAUCGUUUGACAUGGCUGCUUGGGAAAUCCUUGGCUCGAUGAGCAACGGAGCCACUCUAUAUCUUCGAGGCCAAUCAUCCAAAGAGUGGAAGGCGACCAUGAAGAAGGUUGACGUGGUUAUUGGUACCCCGUCCAUGCUCGCGCCACAUAGCGUCGAGGAUUAUCCGAAUAUUAAGGUUGUGGCGGUCGCUGGCGAAGCCUGUCCUCCAGCACUCGCAGACUCUUGGGCAAGAUCCACACGAUUCUAUAAUUGCUGCGGCCCAACGGAGGUGACAAUAGUCAACACCAUGCAGCUGCACCAAGUCGGCGACCCAAUUAGCAUUGGUGGCCCGAUUCCGAAUAAUACAGUUUACAUUCUCGAUGACCUGAUGAAACCAGUUCCCAUAGGCGCCGUUGGCAUUAUGUGGGGCGGUGGGGCUUGCGUCUCACGCCAAUAUCUCAACCUCCCAGAUAAAACCCAAGAGCGUUAUCGACUUGACCCAUUUGCGAACGACGGGUCAAUGAUGUUCAACACGGGGGAUCUAGGCUGCUGGCGUGCUGACGGUACUCUCGAGCAUCUCGGAAGAAUCGACGACCAGGUCAAGGUUAAAGGAUUUCGCGUUGAACUUGCAGGUGUGGCUGUUGCAAUGGAGAGCAGCCACGGGGUCAAGGCAGCUUGUGCAAUCGUGGUUGACGGCGCUCUUCAUGGGUUCGUUACGCCAGAGACUAUCAACGUCGAGGAAGUCAAAGCGGCGACGGCCAAGAUCCAGCCAUAUUACGCGGUCCCCUCCCAUAUUCAUGCCAUCAAUGAAUUCCCUAGAACCAAAAACGACAAAAUAGACAAAACUGCCCUACGACAACUUGCAGUCGCGGACGACUCGUCCUCUAUGAGCUCUCUUACGCUCGCCACCAAUACACCCGCUUCAGAACCCGAGAAGGAGGUAGCGAUCGCAACGCCGCCUUUAGCACUUGUUCGACAUUCAAUUGUCGGUCAUGACUACCCAUCCCAACCCCCGAAUGCUGCGGAGCUCGACGUUAAAAAAGAAUUCUGGGAUGGCUACCAAGACGAUGAGCUACCAGAAAAAGUCCAUGGAAAGCUGCUCCGCAAUUUGCGCCACCAAAUCUUUUCUCUCUAUCGCCGCCUCUUCGGUAUUGUUUUCAUCACCAACAUGGCCAUAUUUAUAGCUAUCUUGGCUCGUGGUGGCGCCAACGCACAACGACUCGGCUUGAUCACACUCGCUAAUCUAUUUGUUGCGAUUUUGAUGAGGCAGGACUAUGUGAUUAACACAUUCUUCAAUGUUCUAUGUUCGGUUCCUUCUAGCUGGCCAUUGAUGAUUCGGCGGGUUUGUGCUCGAGUCUAUCACAUUGGUGGCUUGCACAGUGGAAGUGCGACAUCGGGAGUUGUUUGGUUGAUCCUUACCUGUGGACAAGCCACCAAAGAGUUGGUUCAUGGUGGCCCGGCUUCUAUCCCCACUGUUACUGUGUCAUAUGUCAUCCUGCUUCUACUCCUCGGCAUCGUGACAUUCGCUUACCCCGCGCUGAGAACCAAGCGUCACGAUUCAUUCGAACGCGUUCACCGUUACCUCGGUUGGACCGGUGUUGCACUCGUCUGGUGUCAGGUGGUCUUGCUGACGAAUGAUUAUCGCGGAGUCCAGUCCCUUGCGCAUGCUCUGGUCCACUCCGCCCCAUUUUGGAUGCUGUUGGUCAUGACUGGUUCAAUCAUCCUGCCCUGGACUCGGCUUCGAAAAGUCCCAGUACGGAGUGAGGUGUUGUCAAAACAUGCUGUUCGCCUUUACUUCACGCAUGCCACCCCCAAAACCGGAAGUUUCGUGCGCCUCGCCGUCGAUCCGCUGAAGGACUGGCAUGGAUUUGCCACGAUUCCGGUCCCGAACGAGAAAGGCUUCUCUCUUGUGGUCUCAAAAGCCGGAGACUGGACUUCGGAACGGAUUUCUGAUCCGCCAACGUCCAUCUGGAUUCGCGGAGCACCUUGUUUUGGAGUGCUUCGGAUCGUUCCACUGUUCAGAAGAGUUGUGCUCGUUGCAACUGGAAGCGGCAUUGGACCCUGUGCUCCUUGCAUUCUCGAGAACAAAAUACCGAUUAGACUCCUUUGGACUUCACCAAACGUCCGAGAGACUUUUGGAGAUAAGCUAGUUGAUGAAAUCGUCACUGCCAAUCCUGAGGCCUGCAUCUACGAUACCAAGAAACACGGCAAGCCGGACAUGGUCAAGCUGACUCUCCGUCUUGUGGAAGAGUUCAACGCCGAAGCCGUCUGCAUCAUAUCCAACCAAAAACUAACGCAAAAGGUGGUCUACGGCGUCAUGAGUCGAGGAAUUCCUGCUUUCGGGGCGAUCUGGGACAGUUGA